CCCGCUUGCCCGGGUACUCUGCGCUGAUUGGCUGGCGGGCGAAAGUCUCGCCAGGCAAGGAGGCGAGGACUCCGCGGUGACGUCAUGGGGAAACCCCCCGGCCCUCGCUUUAGCUCGGGGCGGCCGCGCUAGAGGCGGCUUUUGAGAAGCAGGCGGCGAGCGGAGCGGACCGGCGCGCGUCCCUGCCAGUCCCGGCCUUUCGAAGCGCACGAGUCGAAGAAGCUAAGCCCUGAACUCAGCCUCCCUCCCGAAAUGAUGCCGACCAAAAUGCCGCGCAAGCCCGCGCUGCAGAACUCGGCGCCCUCAGAUCACCAAGCCCAGGUUAAGCAGGUGAUACCUGGGCUGGAUGCUAUGGAUCACCUGCUGGCUGAAGAUCCAGCUGUUGGAGCUCCUGGGCUCUCUGGGAACGAGGACCCCGAGCCUCUCUGGAAGGGGGCUUUUGGAGCUGAAAGUGGACCGUAUUAUUCAGAAAGGCACCAAAAACACGAUCAUUUCAUGAUAAUCAAUGCAAUUGGCAAUAAUGUGCUUAUGUAUUUUGCAGAGCGUUCCGUGGUGAUAGCUGUGCAGCUGCGCAGAAUGGGGGACAAGUGGAACCUCCGACAGAGAAUCCUGAACCUGAUUGCCAAGCUUUUCUGCCCAGGAACUUGAAAGAGUCUCAAAGAAGAGAAAAGGAAAUUGAAAAACAACAGGAAAGGAAGGAAAGGAUGUCUGUGAAGAUGCAAACUUUUUGUACUCGGAUUUAUAAAAAAGAACCAUCAUGAGGUGGAAGAGAUGAAAUGUUUAAAGGAUUUUGUUGCUUGUUUCCAUCAACAACCACAAAAGCUCCUGUGUAAUAUUCUCAGCCACCAUUUCAGGAAGUUUGUGGGUGAAUGCAAAUGGAGCUAAUGAGAGAGGAGAAGACUGGAUGUUACUGGUGACUGACAAUGGUGAAUUGGUCCUGGGAAAUGAAGGAAUCUAAAACAGCCGUCCGAGCUGAAAUCCUAUUCAGUGUUGGAUAUUAAGCACCGUUUCAUGCAUAGGAAAAAUGAUUUUUGUGUGUGGCCUCUGGUUUUCUUGAAAAAUGCAAAUCAGUUCCUCUGCUCUUUUGUUCUUAUUUUGGAGUUUGGAAACCUACCUGGAGAAAACCAGGAAAAUAUGUUACAUAUGGAUUUGUUUUGUUGAAAUGAAUGUACUCUACUAGAUGUUCAUUGGUUUUAUAAUUAAUUAUAUUGCAAUGCCCUUAAAUUAUGAGUGAAGCUGGUACAGCUAGAAUACCAACUUUACAAUAUAUGCCCUAUGGGUAAGACGUUUUUGGUAUAUUUAUUUUUGUGGGAGCUUGUUUUCAGGUUAUUAACCAUGACUAAAUAUUCAGUAUGAAUGUUCAAAACAUUCUGCAUCAGAGUAGAUUUUAACAGGUUUUCAAAUGUUCUUCAAUGAAAGUAACAGAUUCUUAGCUUUACAGAAUGAAUCGGUACAAGUUUAGUUAUGAGUUAAGAAAAUAUAGUUCUGUUUAUACAUUAAAGGUGAUAGACUCCUAACAGUGUUAGAACUUUAUAAAUAAUAUAAGCUUUAGAAAAGAAAAUGCAGAUUAAAAGUUACAUUAAGAUGGCAAUUUGGGGGAUGAAACAAUGCUGGUUUUUCACUAAGGAAACAAAUUAUUCAAUAUAGGUCAGCUGGAUGAACAGCAUCAGACGCUUUAAAAAUGUGCAAGAGUUAUAGAGUCAUAGCCUAGAAAUUCACAUGAGAUUACAUUUUGACAUGCAUGUGUUUUCAUACACUAAUUACUGUUUAAAAAGUUGAAUUGUACACAACAAAGAGUAUCUACAAGGAUCAAGUACUAAUUCAGAAAUCAGCCCCAAAGAUUUUCAGCAGAUUUGCUUAGUUCCAAACAAAUGUCUGAGUUGGGACUGAACAAUUUCAGUUUUUAUUCUGCAACAUUCUUACCAUAACCUCUAAUGAUAUUUCAGUUGAAUUCGUAAGUAACUUAUGGUACUAGUCUGGCCAUGGUUACACAAACAUAUAUCAAAAUCAGGCUAUUUUCCCUAAUCAUUACCCAAUAUUAGUUGAAUAAAAAUGUAAAUAACUAGAAUGGUUAGAUAUCCUCUCAAAGUUGGUGUUCCUUUUUGUAAAUCUCUUUGAUUGCUCAUUUUUAAAAACUGGCUUCUUAGCAUUACGUUGAUUGCAGAAUUAUGAAGUCUUACUUGAAGGCCAUGGUUCUUCAAUAAACAGUCCUUGUGCUGUAUUUUCUUAUUGAGAACAACCAGGGGGAGUCCAAAAAGUCAAAAUGGCAGCUGUCAGAGCUGGAGCAAAGCCAUUUUUACAUGCAGCUGUUAUUUUGACAAAUUUGACCCAGAGAUGGUAACAUUUUUUUCUUUGCAUGUUUUUAUAUGAGAGUAUUGCACAAUACAUUCUUUUGCUAAGCCUAGGUAUUGGGUCAGGAGCAUAGUUUACAGCACCCAACCUGUCUUAUCAAAUAAGUUGAACUUUAUUGCCAGAAUUUUGUUUGCUGGUCAUGCUACCCGUGAAACCUGGGCAUAGAAGUUAAUAACUGGAGAUCAUCACAAAGGGCAGGGGUCUUCAAACUUGGCCCUUUUCUGACUUGUGGACUUCAACUCCCAGAAUUCCUCAAGCUGGCUGAGGAAUUCUGGGAGUUGAAGUCCACAAGUCAGAAAAGGGCCAAGUUUGAAGACCCCUGACCUAGGGGAAGGUCUGUUUACAGCAACAGAACAAAUUAGAAGUAUUUAAGGAGCACAUCCAUAACCAAAAGGUUAUAUUUCUGUGCCAGCUUUCUUGCAAAUGUCAUACAUAGCUUUCUGUAAGAAUCAUUGUUUUUGUCUAAUGUCUUAAAAAUUAUUCCUUUUGUGUGGCGACUGUUAAGCUAAUAAACUUGAUUUGUUGUUCCAAAAAA